AUGAGACCCCAUUCUCAUCCAGAAGGGUUUUCAUUCGAUGAGAGCAACGACAUCUCUUCGAACUCCAAGUCUGAAAUUACUCAGCCAUGGCACUUCAAUGGAAGGUGCCCAGAAGGAACCAUUCCCAUAAGAAGAACUAAUGAAGAAGAUUUAUUAAGGGCAAAUUAUGGUAGGAAAAAACACAAUACCGUCCCUAAUGUUGAUGAUUCACCAGAUAUGCACGAGUAUGCAACGCUUAGAGAGCAAGGAGAUAGGUAUUAUGGGAUGAAUGCAGAAAUAAACGUGUGGAAUCCCCAAGUCCAGGCUGCAGAGUUCAGCUUGGCUCAAUUCUGGAUGGAAGCUGUUGAUAAUAAUGGUGUAUUCAUUGAUUCAAUUGAAGCUGGUGCAAUGGUCUACUAUGAUCUAUAUAAUGAUCACGAGACUAGACUCUUCACGUAUUGGACUAGCGAUGCAUAUCAAAACACAGGCUGCUACAAUAUGAUGUGCCCUGGCUUUGUUCAAGUCGACCCCCGGUUGGCGCUUGGGGCUAGCUUCACACCUUAUUCCGAAUAUGCUGGUGUCCAAAAGUCAGUCAACUUCUUUGUCUAUAAGGACAAUGUAGAUGGACAUUGGUGGCUGCAUCUAAAUAAUAUGUAUCUAAUAGGAUAUUGGCCAUCCUCCCUAUUCUCCCUCCUGUCUGAUAGCGCUUCAUCGGUUACAUGGGGAGGAGAGGUGGUAAACGUAAAAUUUGGUGGGCAGCACACCACAACACAAAUGGGCAGUGGCCAUUUCGCUGAAGAAGGGCCCAGUAGGGCUAGUUUCUUCCAAAAUCUCAAAGUUAUGGAUGCUCAACAAGUUCUCAGGGGACCCAGGGACAAUCAUAGAAUCGUUACGCGUCCCACUUGCUAUAAUUUCUUAAAAGGGGACGACUUCUUUUAUUAUGGUGGUCCUGGUAGAAACAUUGAUUGUCCAUGA